AUGGAAGGAAUUCCAUGGGACAAGGUCAAGGCUGGGGAUCUGGAUGCCUUGCGGGUCGCUCUCUUCUCGAGUUCGACCUCGCGCAGGCUCCGGGCCCUGCAAGAACUUCGCGACAAGAGCGGGUCUGAAAUUCCAGAAGAAUUCCACCAUGACAUUAUCGUGCUUCUCUUCCAAACGUAUCCUUUUUACAUCGACCGACCUUCGCGCCAGGCUGUUCAGCAAUGCAUCCGCGCACUCCUCCGAACCUCGAAUGCUCCAGAACACCUCAAAUAUCUGACUGAGAACCUAAAGGUAGAGGCAGCCAGACCUGGUUUGUCUUCCGUCUCGGGCUUUGUUUUGUUGGAGUGGUGUUGCAGUAUCUUGCAGCAAGCCAGCGAGAACUCGGCUACACCGUUGGAACCUGUGCUGGACCUCAUUGUGGUUGAUGCCAAGGCUUUGGACAACUGCCUCACCCAUACACCGAAACCCUCCGUCAAACAAUCGGCUGUUCGGGUGACCCGCCGUGCCUUACGCGCAGUAUUUUCAAAUGAAACAUGGGGUGAUGAUGCUGUGCGCCAAUCUGUCAGUCGAUUGACCUCAGAUUCCGCGGCAGGAUCUAAGAAUGCACCACUUCUCGGUGUGAUCUCAGGCGUAUGUGCCCGACUACCAGAUCGGAAAGCUGCCGUCGAAGAAUCUAAGCAAGCUAUCCUGGCAUACUACGUGAAGGAAAUUGUGAGCUCAAAAACAGUCUUGCCUGCUCAUGCUGCGGAGGGACUGUCCGACUUCUUUGCCAACUUUGUCACGUAUGAGGACUUGACUACUGAGCUGGUACCUCCAAUGGAGAAAUCUAUGCUGAGAGCACCAGAGGUGGUUUUCUGUGGCGUACUUCUCGGACUGGGUGCAUCCCUACCCAAGGAGAUCGACCUUUCCGAAGUCGUUCAAGGUCGCCUAUGCAAACAUUUUCUGUCUAACAUGAAGUCUAACAAUCCUGUGAUUCGACAAGGAGCUGUCAAUUCGUUCAAAGCAGUACUUUCUCGAUGUCACACUGAGGCUGUCGUUCUAAAGAUCACUAGUGAGAUCGUGGGUCCCUUGAAGACAAACAAGAUUACGGCACCAGAACAUAGAUCCGCGUAUGCACAAGCAAUCACUGCUAUUCCAGCAUCAAUUGACGCUUCGAAAGAAACUGUCCAGGGGCUUGGACUUCUUUUCGCACGAGAGUCUAAUGAAGCCGCUCUGGAGGAGGAGCUUAAAGCUUUCAGCCAACAUCUUGCUUUCCUUAUCAAAUCGACCGUUAAGAUUGCGGAUGAUGUUACAAAUGCCAUCGUAAAGGGAAUCUCUGACAAGCGAGUGCCAUUUCGGAAGAUAUGGCAGCUCAGCUUGGGAGAGGUCCUUUGGAAUUCCGAUAUUACGGCUCUCAAGAGCCCCGAUGCCCAGCCUCUUGUUACAAAGGUCCUCACAAGAAUGAAAGAGAUAUUCGUGGAAGUUUCCUCCAAUCCACUGCCUUCCGCCCAGAGUGGUGCACUUUCAUCUGCACAUAUCUUCCUGGCUCUUUUCCAACGUAUCUCGGAUAUCGAGGGGACAGAAAAAUCAACUUGGGAAGAGAAGGUCUCACAGUCCAUGACGAUGGGCACAAAGCCUUCAUUCCUUCUUAACCCCAAGGCCUAUUCGAAGAUUGGAACCGUAUCAGAAAUGCGGUGGGUGGUCAGAGCUUUGGCUGCCGUCGCCUGUGGAUCAAAGUUUACUGACGCAGAGGACGCAGCGAAGAUCGCUUGGGCGCAAGCUUUCAUUUACGCUAUAGCCGGCCCUGCUCUGCCAACCAACUUCCGCGGGGAUGCCGUGGAAACUCUAUCUUCUGUCCACCAGAAGGAGGUAGCUUCCUUCGGACAUAUUAUACUCAAGGGCCUGUGGGCCUGGAUCCAUGCUUCCCGCACCGCCGAAAAGGAGUCUGCUGCCGCCUUUGCUGCCCCUGGAAGCGAGCGCUCGCUUCACUUAGUUCUUAAAGCCAUCUGUCCUGCCGUUUCAAAUGAGGCAUCCGAAGGCACAUCCUCUGACUUGCAAACCCAACUCAUCAACAUUCUGGUCCUCAGUCAGCAAAGCUUGAUUCCGGGAGCGUCCUGGAUUGCUCUAUGCUUAAGGACCGGUAUCGACCCGGGGAACCUAGUCCGUGCUCAUCCCGCCGAAUGCAUUGAACAAUUAGUUGGCGUCAACUCAGACCCUAUCCAAUCUUCUGUGCCAGAUGUUAACUCUGCUGUUUGGAGUGCCGCAGGAGAUUUGGCAUUUGUCGCCCCCGAUGUCAUGAUCCCCCGUCUUGUCGAUCAAAUCAAAGCAGACCUAGAUGGCUCUCGUCUAUCUAAAUUUACUGCUACAGACGCAGCAAUUUCUCGCACCCCCGAAGGUACUGCUUUUGUCGACGUCCUCAGUAGUAAGUCAAAAUAUCCUGCUUUUGAUAAGAAUACCAAGGACUAUGAUACCCUUAAGUGGGAAGAAGAGCUUCGGGCUCAACUAGCAGAGAAGAAGGGCCAAAAGCCAAAGAAGCUCACAGCUGAAGAGCAAUCUAAAGUCAAUGCCCAGCUUGCUAAAGAAGCAAAAAUUCGCGAAGAUGUGCUUCAGGAAGUCAAGCGAAUUGAACGAGGAGCUGGCAUUAUCCGAGGUCUUGCAACUGGCCCCGCCAGUGAUGUUGAAGGCUGGAUCAACGCAGCUGUUGGGUGUCUCCUCUCCCUUGCUCAAGCAGGCGCUGGUUUGUUUGUCGGUGAUGUUGUAUCACAGGCCUUUGUUGUCUGCGCCAACAAACUCUCUUCACGCCUAGGAAACCUCAGACCAUUUGUGGGUAUUGCUAUCUUACGAGCUAUUGGUAACACAAAUCUGGCCCCGGAGCUGGAAUUGGAGCAUCUUGGUCAACUUGUCACGAGAAUCUUGUACCGCCUGCGCUUUGCUUCUGAACAGCGUCCUUUGGAUACCGCCUCUCUUGCCUACGUUCUUCCAUUAGUUUUCCUCAUUCUGAGUCAGAAUGGAAUUGACGAGGUCAAGGGUGAGCAGGAAGGCGAGCAAGUUCUGCUUGCUAUCGAACUCCUGUCAUUCCACUCUAAUUCAUUCUCCGAUGUGCGUCUUCCUCGUGUCGAAGUUCUCCAACACAUCCUAUCUGCGAUGCAAAGAUAUACUCAACACUAUAAGUUGAUCAAGGAUACAUUGUUCAACUUCUGCCGUUGCAUUUCUCCUAACAUUAGCAACGUGGAACUUGACACCCUUCUAGAGGGCAGUAUUGUCCCUGAUACCUCCGUGCGAACGUCUGUGCUACAGGUCAUUGAAGCCGAGAUUGACUUGACCGAUCUCGAUUUCUCUGAACAUAUUUGGCUAGAAUGCCACGAUCAUGUGGAAGAGAACGUUGAACUAGCGCAAACGAUUUGGGAAGACAAUGCGCUCGAAGUGGAUGAUGAUGCGUUCCCUAAAACGAUGAAAUACUUGGACUCCAAGGAUAGUCAGCUGCGUGGUGCUGCCGCCCGUGCAUUAGCUCAAGCUAUUGAAAUGGAUAAGAGCAAAUUUGAUGGCAUAUUCGCAGAACUCCAAGCCAAGUAUACUGAAGAUGUGAAGCCCAAAGCCCCCGAGAAAGACGCCUAUGGAAUGCCCAAGAAGAUGGACAACCCCGACAACUGGGAGAGCCGCAGUGGUAUUGCCUGGGCCUUCAACGCCAUGACAAAAUUGUUCGAGGGCGACCAGAUCAUUUCUUUUCUACGCUUCCUUAUUGAGCGCGGUCCUCUCAUUGACAAGAACUCCUCUGUUCGACGUCAGAUGCAAGAGUGCGGAAAGUCUGUGAUCGCUGAACGUGGCCAGCUUAAGGUUGAAGAGUUGAUGAAGCUUCUGGAGACAACUCUGGAAACCUCCGACAAAGCCACCCAGAGCUCUGACCUGCUGAACGAGGCGGUUGUUGUUCUCUACGGAGCUCUAGCUCGACACCUGAAGGCUGACGAUCCCCGUCUACAAAUUGUGUUGAAGAAGCUACUUGCCACCCUUCCAACUCCUUCUGAAACUGUUCAGUCUGCGGUUUCAGAAUGUUUGCCACCCCUUAUUCGACUAUGUGGCCCUAAGGCCUCUGAUUAUGUUCAAGAAAUGCUCGACCAACUGCUGAAUGUUAAGAGUUAUGCUACUCAGCGAGGUGCCGCGUACGGCCUCGCAGGUAUUGUCAGCGGAAAGGGUGUUUCAACGCUCCGGGAGUUCAGGAUCAUGAGCUUGCUUAAAGAGGCGACUGAGAACAAACGGGAGGCUCACCAGCGCCAGGGUACUUUCCUUGCCUAUGAGCUUUUUGCUACUGUUCUUGGACGCACCUUUGAGCCGUAUGUCAUCCAAGUCGUUCCCCAGUUGCUUGGAGGAUUCGGUGAUGCUAGCAUUGAUGUCCGUGAUGCCUGCCUGGACGCUUCUAAGGCUUGCUUCCAGAACCUCAGUUCUUAUGGUGUGAAGAAGAUUCUUCCUACCCUGCUCGAUGGGUUGGAUGAUACUCAAUGGCGCAGUCAAAAGGGAGCAUGUGAACUCCUGGGAGCCAUGGCUUAUCUUGACCCGCAGCAGCUUGCCGCCAGCUUGCCCGAUAUCAUUCCCCCUCUUACAGUGGUCCUAAACGACACUCAUAAAGAAGUCCGCAACGCCGCAAACCGCAGUCUUCAGCGGUUCGGAGAAGUCAUUAGCAACCCCGAAGUCAAGAGCCUGGUUGGUGUCCUACUCAAGGCCCUGAGUGACCCGACCAAGCACACCGAUGAAGCACUGGACUCCCUCAUCAAGGUUUCAUUUGUGCACUACCUGGACGCUCCUUCACUGGCUUUGGUUGUCCGUAUCCUUGAGCGUGGUCUUAGUGACCGCUCCAAUACCAAGCGGAAGUCCGCUCAAAUCAUCGGUAGCUUGGCUCACCUUACUGAACGCAAAGAUCUCAUUUCGCACUUGCCAAUCAUUGUGGCCGGCCUUAGCUUGGCUAUUGUCGACCCUGUGCCCACUACUCGUGCCACCGCUUCCAAGGCCCUGGGUUCCCUUAUCGAGAAACUUGGCGAGGAUGCUUUGCCCGAUCUCAUCCCCAACCUUAUGAUUACACUCAAGUCCGAUACUGGCGCUGGAGACAGACUGGGCUCUGCUCAGGCCCUGGCAGAGGUUCUCGCUGGUCUGGGUGUUACAAGACUCGAGGAGACACUGCCUACAAUUCUCCAGAACGUCUCCAGCUCCAAGGCUGCUGUGCGCGAAGGAUUUAUGACUCUGUUCAUCUUCUUGCCUGCUUGCUUUGGUAACAGCUUCGCCAACUACCUCAGCAAAAUCAUUCCUCCCAUUCUUGCUGGUCUUGCUGAUGAUAUCGAGUCCAUUCGUGAAACCUCCCUCCGUGCUGGUCGCCUAUUGGUCAAGAACUUCUCUGCCAAGGCCAUUGACCUGCUUCUUCCUGAAUUGGAGCGUGGACUGGCAGACGACAGCUACCGCAUUCGUCUCAGUUCAGUCGAGUUGGUUGGAGACUUGCUCUUCAGUCUUACUGGUAUUAGCGGUAAUACCGAGGCGGACGAAGAGGAGGAGGAAGCCACUCAAGCAGGCCAGUCUCUUCUUGAAGUUCUUGGAGAAGAGCGCCGAGAUAAGGUUCUCUCUGCUUUGUUCAUUUGUCGCUGCGAUACUUCGGGCUUGGUCAAGAGCGCUGCCAUGGCUGUUUGGAAGGCAUUGGUCGCUUCCCCGAAGACUCUCAAGGAUAUGGUGCCUACCCUUGCUCAACUCAUCAUUCGUCGGCUUGGUUCAUCAAACAUGGAGCAAAAGGUUAUUGCCAGCAACGCGCUCGGCGACCUCAUCAAGAAGGCUGGAGAAUCAGUGCUGUCCACCUUGUUGCCUCUGCUUGAAGAAGGCCUGCAAUCUUCGCCAGAUGUCGAUGUCAAGCAGGGUAUCUGUAUUGCCCUGCGGGAACUCAUCACGUCUGCCAGUCCUGAUGGCCUGGAAGACUAUGAGAAGGUUCUCAUCUCUACUGUCCGGGUCGCUCUCGUGGAUAACGAUGAAGAUGUCCGUGAGGCUGCCGCCGAAGCCUUUGACGCUCUCCAGCAGAUUUUAGGAAAGAGGGCCGUGGAUCAAGUCCUGCCUUACCUGCUGCACUUGCUCAGAAACGACGAGGAGGCUGAACAGGCUUUGUCUGCACUGUUGACCCUGCUCACUGAGCAAACCCGUGCAAACAUAAUCCUGCCUAACCUCAUUCCUACCCUGCUUACCCCGCCGAUUUCCUCCUUCAACGCCAGAGCCCUCGCAUCUCUUGCCGAAGUUGCAGGAGGUGCAAUGACAAGAAGAUUGCCCAAUAUUCUCAACGCCUUGAUGGAUGGUAUUAUCGAAACCAAGGACGACGAACUUCGCUCGGAACUCAGCACUUCCUUCGAUACUGUGUUGGUGUCCGUUGAUGAGUACGAUGGCCUGAAUGUCGCCAUGAACGUUAUGAUGACUCUUGCCAAGCAUGAUGACCACCAUCGCCGUGCCGAGGCCGCUCUCCAUCUGACCAGGUUCUUCGCUGAGGCUGAUCUCGACUUCUCGAGAUAUUACCCAGACUUGAUUCGUGUCUUGCUAGUCUCAUUUGAUGACCGAGACAGCAGUGUUGUCAAGGCUGCAUGGACCGCCCUCAGUGGCCUUAUGUCUCACAUGCGUAAGGAAGAGAUGGAAGUUUUGGCCAUCCCCGCUCGCCAGAUUUUGCGACAGGUCGGUGUUCCUGGCGCAGAUCUUCCUGGCUUCAGUCUUCCCAAGGGAAUCAUGGCUAUCCUGCCAAUUUUCCUUCAAGGGCUUCUCAACGGCACUGUGGACCAACGAACACAAUCAGCUCUGGCAAUUUCCGAUGUUAUCGACCGUACUGGCGCUGCUUUCUUGAAGCCUUUCGUUACUCAGAUUACUGGUCCUCUGAUUCGUGUCGUGUCCGAGCGCUCAGUCGACAUCAAAUGUGCCAUUUUCUUUACGCUUAACAAGCUACUCGAAAAGAUUCCAUUGGCUGUUAAGCCUUUCCUUCCCCAAUUGCAGCGUACAUUUGCCCGUGGUCUGGCUGAUUCCUCUAGUGAGACACUGCGUAAUCGCGCAGCCAAGGGUCUUGAACUUAUUACUGGAUCCAAGACCACUGACGUGGGUGUGAAGAAUGCCAUGAUGAAGGCCCUUCAGGAGGUGGUCGGCAAGGCUGGCGGCAACAUGAGCGAGGCAUCUCGGACAGCCAUUCUCACUUUGAUUGAUGAUGAGUCUAGCGACGAGAAUGACAAGGUGGCUAUCACUAACGCGAAACUGCUGGGUGCCCUUGUCAAGGUUCUCCCUGAGUCUAGUGCCACUCCUCUGAUCAAAAACCGCAUUCUCAGCGGCCAGCUCUCACAUGCGUCCGUGCUCGGGUUAAACUCUCUCUUAGCGGAGGCGCCUGCAUCCCUGAUCGAGAAUUUCUCCACCGAAACGAUUUCGACCAUCUGUCAGGGAAUUGCGGACAAAGAUCCUUUUGUGUCUGAUAACAGCGUUCUCGCUGCUGGCAAAUUCCUCCUGUCUGAGGAUGGCAACCAUAGCUUCGAGACGCACAAGACGAUCUUUGAAGCUCUUGCUCCUGUCAUUCCACCAGGCGCUCCAGUUGACACCCGCCGCUUGACGCUUGUAGUCAUUCGGACUAUCAGCCGUCUCCACCCGGAGAUGACUCGUGCUCACCUGGCUCUGCUAGCACCGCCCAUCUUCGGUAGCGUUCGUGACCUAGUCAUCCCUGUGAAACUAGCCGCGGAGGCUGCUUUCCUUUCAAUAUUCUCCGUGGUGGAGUCUGAUACUGAGGUCUUUGACAAGUAUAUGGCCGGCCCCGGUGCCUCUCUUCCACCCGGACCCAAGCGCAGCAUGUCAGACUACUUCAAACGUGUUGCUAUGCGUCUUGCGGGCCAGGCUCGUGAGCGCCGUGUUGCUGAAGGAGGUGAAGGUGGGCUCGGUCUGUCGAAUGAUGAGGUCGAUGAUGAAAAGGAAGUGUGGAGUAUUGGCAAGGUGGAUCUGGGAGAGGAUGCAUUUGCCGAUGAUUAA